GUGUUGGGUUUUGACCGUCUCCUAUUUGGUUUUAUCCCGAAGUUAUUGUUGGUCCAUCCCUUUCAUGUAAAACUUGUCCCAUCCGUUGAUGUAAAAAAACUGACCCGUCCAUUCUGAAUUAUGAACUUAGGUACGGCAGAAUUCUGCAAGAAGUAUGCUGAGAACUACAAAGCCUCCAGUGAAGCUGAACGCGUCACUGAUGCCUUUGUGGACAGUGCCAUCACGUUGAGCAGACGUGUCCUCAACAGCCAGCGGCUGUUGGAUCUUCUUCUGAAGGCUGAUGAAUCUCCGUCUGAUGUGAACCCUUUCAACCACUGGUCGAAGCUACAAUUGCUGGUGAGUAAGGGCAAAACUGCUCGCAACAUCGAUUGGGUGUUUCAUGCCAUGUUUGAUGGCUGGAAAAACCAGCACCUGAGUCCUGAAAUGCUUACAUGGAGGGGGCUUUCGAACAGCCUCAAUGGGAAGGGGACCUGUGAGCUUUUCACUGCCCAGCUCGAGUUUCGAGACUAUUUGUUCAACAAGGUCACAUCGUCCUAUGGCUGGGACGAAGAAGUCCUGAACUCCAUGAAAGAGAUUUCUGGUGAUCAUGUGGAAUACAGAAAGAUGUGCGGCUAUGCCAAUGAGAAAGUGGACCUGACGUGGAGAGCAGGAUGGCCGAAAUCAGCGGAACUUUUCUGGGCUUUCUUGGAGGAUAGCCUGUUCAAUAACACCUUUGAGACAACCUUCAAGAACCUUGUGCGACAUCGGAAACCUGUUGCAGAGUGGGUUUCCAAUGGAGAAGUCGAGAACCGGCUGAACAGCAUCAUGGAGCAAGCCGAGAAAGAAUUGAAAGAAAGGAAGCGCUUGGCAAAGGCUAACGGAGAUGCUGCGGUUGAUGAUGAUGAGGAUGACGUGACCAUGGUUGUCCCGGUGGAGUCUGAGAAGCCCGACGGAGAACUGGCUCACUUGAAGGUUCCUGUGAUGCCUGUGAAGUCAAAAGGGAAAAAACAAGGAGAUGAGAAUGAUGAUGACAAUGAGGAUCAGAACAUCGAAACGUCCGAUGACAAGGCUGCUGCCGAAGAGCUUCAGAAGAAGAUUGAUGGGUACAAACAAAAGGCGUGUGCCAUGGUCCGGACGCACAUCAAGCUCAUUGUUGAGGAGGACAACCUUUCCAAUAUGACCAAAGCCUUGGGUGCGACUGCAUUCCCGAAAUGGAAGGGUGAAGUUGACCCUGAAACGAACCAGGUGGUGAAGAUGGUGGCGAUCUACUUUGACUCAAAGGUGGUUGGAGAAACGAAUUGCCAAGCCAACCUGCGCUUGCCACCCUUAAGGGAGGGACGCCACAACAAGCUGUUCUCAGCGGCUCUCUCCCUCAGAGUGGACAAAGAAGCCAACACCAUGGUUCAGGGUGACGGCUUUCUGAUUAUGGAUGGGGGCAGGGAUGGACUGGCCACAUCCCUUCUUGGAGCAGUCCGGCCCUCUGCAACAGAGACAAUCAGCAAGUACAAGACAAUGAAGUUUUUGGUUUGGGAUGAGAAGGCAAUCCGAACCAAGAAAAAGCGUUCAAGAGGAGCGCUGGUCAACCAAAUGGAGAAGCUCUACGUCUUGUUACCGGAGCAGCAAGCCCUGAGCUUCAAAAAGCGAAAACACUUUGCUGGAACCACUCAUGGUGAUGUGAUCGGUCCCAUCAUGGCACCCGCUUGGGAUGAUGAGGAGGAGACAUGGAACAUGACCUACCAACAGAAGAAGGAUCUCUUUGGGAGCAGCAACCGGAUCAGGGUGGGGGGCGAAAAGCCUGACGGGGAGUCUGAGAAGAGUGCCAGGCGCUUGGACACCGAUGUGGAACCAGUGGCGUAUCACGCCUUGCCAUCUGAGGUGGUGAGUGAGAUCUUCCACGAGUUCAACAUCUGUGCUAUGUUGGAUUUGUCAUGCUGUGAUGGAAAAACGGCGUGGGAAGCGAUUCAGCAAAGGGUGCCUUAUAUUGGCGUAUGCUUCACCCAGGAGCAUGUCAAUGAACUGAUGAAGAGGUUGGAGGCCAAAUGCUGGGAUGGCAUGAUGAAGCCCGAAAGCCCACUCUAUGAGCCCCUGCUUGCCGCCAUCUUCAGUGGCCAGAAGGGAAACCGAAAGGCAAGUGUCAAGGCAAAGGCAAAGACCAGGUCGACAAAGAAUGCCAAGAAGAAGAAAGAAAAGGAAGAUGAUGAUGAGGAUGAUGAUGACGAGGAGGAGGAUCCGGAUAAGGAGGAGGACGAUGAUGAGGAUUUGGAGGAAGAAGAUGACUUAGGCGAGGACGAUGAUGAUAAGGAUCAGGAGGAGGAUGAGGAGGAGGAAGAUGCAGAUGAGGAUGCAGGAGAAGUUGAGCCGGAUGAGGAGGAACCGAAACAGGGAACCAAACGCAAGAGCUCCAGCUCAGCUGGCACCAAGACCGGCCGAGGCAAAGGCAAAGGAAAGGGCAAGCGCAAGGGAGUGAAGUCAGCACCCAAGGCAAAGGGACGUCCCAAGGCUGGGCAUCAUUAUGUGCAUAAUUUUUCACUAAGCCCAUUUUAA